AUGUGGCGCUUUGUCACACCAACUCUGGAGGCACCCGUUCCAGAAAGACUCCAAAUCGUCGAGGGAACAGCUGCGCAGAUUGGAGAUAGGAACAUCAUGCACGUGCAUAACCAUUACUACGCUGACGCAGAUAAGUCUGCCGCAACUGAACAAGCCUUCGAAAUCAUCCGAACCGGCGGGUUCCCCGGAGGACAUUUACUGAAAUCGUGCGAUUUCCAGGCCAAAAACGAAGAUGGAUUCACCCUGCUUCACCAAGCCGUGUACUACAACAACAGGUACACCGUGGCCGCCAUUCUAUACUUCGACUGGUCCGACAUCUCAACCCAGGAAGUUGCCAACACCAACAACGCCCAAGACUUCGUCGGAAAGACCGCCAGGGAAAUCGCAGAGGAGAAAUGCUUGGUAAAAAUCCUUGAGCAGCUGGACUUCAAUGACAAACUUGAGAAUGGCCUGCGUCCACUUCACCAAGCUGCGAGAGAAGGGAACGACGCUCGUAUCCAUCGACUGAUAAGCCAUAACCCCGCUGAGGUUGACGGUAAGGAGCCCUUAAAGGGGCUGAACCCGCUUCAUUUCGCCGCGGCAGCCGGCAACAUCGGGGCGGUGGAGAAGCUGGUCGCUGAAGGAUCUGCGAAUGUCAAUCAAGCGAGCAAAGCCGGAUCCACACCUCUGUUCCUGGCCUGUCAGUACGACCAUCUAGACGUGGUGAAAUACCUGUUUCACUGCGGAGCAGAUGUGAACCACAGCUCCAAAGACGAAGGCGAAACCGCGCUCCACGUCGCGGCAAAGCUGGCUUCCCCAGAAGUGGUCAAGUUCCUUCUGGACAAAGAUGCAGACAGGAUGAAGGAGACGAAGUACGGGGACACUCCCUUGCACUACGCGUCGCUCUUUGGAAACUUCCGCGCUGCUAAGACACUUUGCUCCCGCCAUGUCAACAACGAAAUUCUAAAUGCACUGCUUUGUACCAGAAACCUCACUAGCGACCAGGAGCGGGUGUAUCUCGUGCGUGGAAAGGAAGAGUUACCACACGGCGGACGGAGGCAAAUGUGGUGCUAUGUUCUCGUCGACGCUUGGAAGACAGGCCUGUUUCUAAAACGUGUGCAAGGUGGAUCCUUCACUGUCAACGAGUUUGGGAAGAUCCUAAAGUACGGCGAAGGGACAGCGGGACCAAGUAAAAAGGUGACUGACUACAUCCUGAAGAAAUACAAGGCUGCGGACACCGCGCGGGUACAAGAUGAGACGACACUGCACGCUGCAUCAAAGAACGGCCAUCGCGACAUUGUACGCAUCUUACUGCAAAAGCAUGCAUGGAUCAACGACGGCAACGCACACGGCUUAACCGCUCUUCAUCUGGCGGCUAUGUAUGGCCACGUCGACGUCAUCAACGUCCUCAUUGAUGGCCAGGCUGACCUACGGGCAGAAGACAGCGAAGGCAACACUCCUCUACGCGUGGCAUAUUUCAACGGGCAAGCCGAAGCCUCCUCAAGGCUGGAGGAGGCCAUGGAAAGGAGGGGCAUCCCACCCACCGAGAAGGAAAAAGCACUGAAGAAGUUUUAA